AAAACAGUUGUGCUGCUUAAUAUUUUUGUGGAAACUGCUUCAGGAUAUUUUUGAUGAAUGAAAGCUCAAAAGAACUGCAUUUAUUUGAAACAGAAAUGUUUGUGACAAUAUAAAGUGUUUAUUGUCACUCUUGGUCAAUUUAAGAUUAAUAAAUGCUGUAAAAGUGUUUUUCAUUUUUAGUUCAUGAUACCUAAAGCAUUAAUGUUAACAAAUUGAACAUUAUUGUAAAAUGUUCGUGAAAAACUGUGAGCUUUAUACGUUCCAGACAAAUGAGCAACAGUGUUUUACUCAAUCCAUAGAUUAAAUUAGGCCUGAACUGUUCUCUUCACCCACGUGCAUGACCAUGUGUGCAUGUAUGCGCAGGCAUGCAUCGGGUUCCUUUCGUGAUUUUCAAAUGAGUCAUUGUUCAAAAUGAAUGGUAGGAAGCACACACACACUAGUUCAUUCAGGAACCCCUUUGUGUAGGAACACACACGCAAAUACACACACUGUUACAUCCGCAGCCCCCAGAAUCUUCACAUACGAAAGCGAAAGAGCUCAAAGGGUGGAUGCUAGCGUUCUCUCUGUCUAUCAACUUUUAUCAUACACUGACCCACUGACCGGAUACUGGAUCGUCAUUGGAUUAGUCCUGGACUCCCUCAAAGCCAAAGAGAAGAAGAUUGUGCCUUUAGUUCACCUGCAUCGGAGACAUUCAGUGGAAACGGAAAUAUUAAGAGUGUGUCAGAUGGGCAGUAGCAGCAGCAGUAGACUCUUCAGUACUCUGGCACAGACUUUGAGCAGUGCUGCAUUGGCAGAUCCACAUGUGGAUCCCGACGACUAUGAGUAUGAGCAGGCCGACCCAGACGCACUGUUGCGUGAAUGCGAGGAGGUUUUGAGGAACCGACCCCCUCGACUGCACAGAGACUUUGUUAUGACCAGACCCUGCUCUCUGCAGAACGCACCCCUGCGGAUCAUGCAGUGGAACAUCUUAGCACAAGCUCUGGGUGAAGGCAAGGACAGUUUUGUGCGCUGUCCGAUGGAGGCUUUGAACUGGUCUGAGAGGAAGUAUCUUAUACUGGAAGAGAUCCUUACCUACAGGCCAGAUGUGCUGUGCCUGCAGGAGGUGGACCACUACUUCGACACUUUCCAGCCUGUGCUUGCCAGCUUGGGCUACCAGAGCAGCUUCUGCCCCAAGCCUUGCUCCCCCUGCCUGGACGUUCACAAUAAUAACGGCCCUGACGGAUGCGCUCUGUUCUUCAACCGCCGUCGAUUCCAGCUGCUCCACACCACUCAUCUCAGACUCUCCGCCAUGAUGCUCAAAACCAACCAGGUGGCUAUCGUGGCUACGCUUCGCUGCAGACUCACAGGUCGAGUCUUCUGCGUGGCAGUAACGCACCUGAAAGCACGGAGCGGCUGGGAGGCGUUUCGUAGCGCACAGGGGGCUCAUCUCCUCCAGCAACUCCGCGACAUAACCGCACAGUCGUACCCAGAGAUGGAUCAGGAAAACCGGACUAGGGUUGGGGACGGUGAAGAGGGUAUUCCGUUGGUGGUAUGUGGGGAUUUUAACGCGGAGCCCAGUGAGGAAGUCUACAGGCGCUUUAUGACUUCUCCGCUGGGGCUAGACAGUGCUUACAAGUGUCUGAGUGAGGACGGGACUACGGAGCCGCCCUACACCAGCUGGAAAAUCCGGCCCAGCGGAGAGAGCUGCUCCACGUUGGACUAUAUUUGGUACUCGGAAAGAGCGUUCCAGGUGGACGCUGUGCUGAGGAUACCGAGUGAAGAGCAGAUCGGGCCAGACCGGCUUCCAUCAUACAAUUACCCCUCUGAUCAUCUGUCACUGGUGUGUGAUCUUAGCUUCAGUCAGCAGCCUCAUAGGCUCAUGUAGCUGUCAAUCAUUAGUGCUCUCCAAUAGGGAUUCAGAGCAGCUUAAAUCAUUCUUAGAGCAUAUGUGUGCGUGUAUGUCUGAAUGUGAGAAUGCAUUAUUUGUAUUAAUGCUCAGAAUGUAAUUUAUCUUAUUAACAUAAACUUUAUUUUUACCUGCUCAAGUAGGUCUUAAUGCACCUCUAUGCUUAUUAUUUUCCUUGAGGGAGAUCAUUAUCACGCUCUUAUUGUUUGUUAUACAGAGGUUGUGCAAUAUACUGUAACUUAUUAAGUGCUAAAGGAUGAUCUCAGGAAGACGCACAUUCUCAAUUUAAAGGUUCCAAAAGUGAAAGGAUGUUUAUAUUUAUAUUGACUGUACUUUUUUUCUUUUAGUAGCACUGUAAUCAUCAAUAUGUUUGCCACUGACCAAUAAUAUAAAACAUACUGUAACCAUGUA